UUAUUAUUGUUGCGGUGAAAAUUGCAAAAUUCUGUCCCUCCUCCGCCAAGCGAUAUACCACCACUCUCCCGGGUUUGACCAGUUUUGUUGCACUCUGUCUGUAUAUGUGUGUGUGUGUUCUGGGCGUGCGUGAGUGAGAAAAGCGUGUUGAAAAAUAUAGUUUACGUGCAUUCGUCGGGUGGUGUUUUUUUGGUGUUAUUGUCCCACCAUGGAAAAAGGUGUUGUUUAAAUGUUUCCAGCCACGGAAACGGGCCCGAUUUGUGUGCGCAUUUCAGUGUGUGUGUGUGUUCCGGAAGUGUACAAAAAAAAGUAGGAGCAGCAAUUGAACGGAUAAUAAUCACCAGUGGGAAAUUGCACGACACCCAUGCGGCCCCGGUGCGGGUGGGAACGACAGGUACAGAGGAACCGACCGGUCACCAUCGGGCGGGAGAGACGGCAUUGUGCGAAGGAUUAAUCCACCGAUCGCGGCGAUACAAUUCCUGACGUGCCGCAGACGGACCGCCCCACAGUAAAUAAAAUCGCACAAUAAUUAUAUCGAUCCCCCGGAAGCCGACGUGCCGCGGCAUAGCACGAGCGAUGGUUGCAAUGCCGGCCGGAUGCAUUAUCCGGUCGCCGGUGGGUCCUGCUGGUUGCUGCUGGCGUGUUGCGGUAGCGUUGCUGAUAAUUAGCUGUUUAUAUAAUCCUCCAACGGCGGAAGCACAACAGAGACCGAAAAUUAACGAACAUCCCAAGGAUGCGGUAGCGGCAAAGGAUGAACCGCUCACCCUUAACUGCAAAGCGACAGGACGGCCGCCACCCGAAUUCAUCUGGUACCAGAACGGGGCGCCUCUCGCACAAUCGGAUCGGCGCGUAGUCUUGCCCGAAGGAUCACUCUUCUUCCUGAGAGUCACUCAAAACAAACGUGAACAGGAUGCUGGUGUUUAUCACUGUGAGGCCCGAAACUCGGCAGGUGUUGCAAUCAGUGAGAACGCUACGCUUCAGAUUGCAGUACUCCGUGAUGAUUUCCGCCUGAUGCCAAAGGAUACGGUAGCGCUCGUUGGUGGUCCCGUCGUACUCAACUGUACACCACCACGGGGUAUCCCCGAACCGUCCGUGCUGUGGAUCAAAGACGGCAAGAUACUGGACAUUAACGGCAAACAUCACUCACUCGUCGAUUCGGGCAGUUUGCUUAUCUCCGAAAUUCAACCAAGCGAUUCGGGCAAAUACGAAUGCUCGGCACAAAGUAUGGCCGGCACAAAAACGACCCCACCGGCUUACCUGAAGGUGCUGGCACCGCCCACCAUUGUGAAGAGUCCGCACGACACGGAGGUGCUCGAGGGCGAAGGGUUCGAUCUGCCGUGCGGACUAACCGGUGAUCCAAAACCGAUCGUAACGUGGCGUAAGGAAAGUGGCCGUCUGCCGGAAGGACGCUCGCGCAAACUGCUGGACAACACGCUGCGCAUUGAGGAUGCCCGGCAGGAGGAUGAGGGCAAAUAUUACUGCGAGGGUCACAACGAGGGUGGUAACGUAACGAUAUCGGUGUACCUUUACGUGUACGAGGCACCGACGUUUAUGGAAGCACCGGUGGAUGUGAUGAUCCGCGAGGGUGAACCGCUGUUGCUGCCCUGUCGGGCGAAGGGCCGCCCAGCCGUACGAAUCUUCUGGGAUCGGAUCGAUCGGAAGCAUGUGGACAACAAUGAGGUGCAUCAACAACAGAUGCGCGAUGAAGGUGAACAGUCGGCCGGAGCGGAUGGUUUGGGAGGCAGAAAGAAACGGGCAGUCAGUUGGGGCUUCCCGGAAGGUUACGCGUUUGCACCGGAGAUGGCAUCGUUCGUGGCGAAUGGGAGUGGCGAUGGCGGAACGGGACGUGGCAAUUGGUCGAUCAAGAUUGAACCCGUGUCCGAGCGGCAACUGUUGCAGCAGUAUCCAACGCGUGUGUCUGCCUUCCGUGCCGAUUCGAGCGAACGGAACCGUCUGCUUUUGCGCAGCAGAAGAGACACUUCACCGGAAGGGGAUCAUCAGCACGGAGAAGGCACCGUGUCACCGGAUGGUUCCACGGGUACGAUGGCGACGACGACCGCCCAUCCGCACAGCAGCAGCGACAUUGUGUUCGAGGAGAACGGAAGCCUUUCGUUCCGACAGAUACUGAAGGGCGACGAGGGUUGGUACGCUUGUGCUGCAAUCAACGAGGCGGGCAGCAUCGUGAAGAAGAUCCACAUCAAGGUGAUGGCCGAGGGUGAGGCACCGGGCAGGGAUCCGAUCCUGGAGUACGAACAGCACCGGUGGGUUAACGAUCAACAGUUUAUCGUGCUGAACAACGUGUUUACCGUGUCCGCGAACUCGAUCGGCAUUACGUGGGACGUCACGGACAGUACGUCUCGGAUGCAGCUUCGUAUGUACUAUCGGGUGGCCUCGAAACCGGUCGACUACUAUCUGUACAAUUCGACGUUUAGCAGUGUACUGACCACGAGCAACUUGAAGGAGUUAACGCUCAUGGGUCUUCGACCGUACAGUGAGUAUGAAAUCUUUGCGAGUAUUCCCGAGGGUUUGGCCGGGUCCGUGUCGAAUGUACGGCGUGGCCGCACGCUUGACGGUCCACCAUCGGCACCACCGGUCGAUGUGCGGGUUGGAGUGAUAAAUACCACGGCCGCUUUCGUACGGUGGUCGCCACCUCCUGUACAUCUUCUGAAUGGAGAGUUGACAGGCUACAAGAUACAAAUCAAGUCAAAUGCCACAAACAAAGUGUUGGGACAGAUGUCACUUAAUUCUUCCACACAAUCGGUCGUCAUUAAUAGUCUCACGCCUGGUGCGAUGUACAUUGCUCGUGUUGCUAGUCUAACAGCUGGUGGAAUAGGUCCUUACAGUUCUCCCACUCCGUUACACAUGGAUCCACAAAAUAUAGUGAGAUCCGAUCCAACGCCAAGCUACUGGACCGCUUCUUGGAUGUCCGGGACGGCUAUAGUUGUGCUCUGCGUCGGACUGAUCAGUGCGGCCAUUUUCGCGAUCUUCUGGACGGUACGAAAGAAGCAGAGUGUGAAAGCAUCCUAUCCGGGACCCUCGGUGACGACGAUUAUACCGGACAAGCAGCAUACGCUCUGGUUGCACGGGAAUACGCUCGUGAAAGCACCGUCGCACUCGCUGGAUCCACCCAGCACGUCCGAGUAUGCUGAACUGACGAACAACACGAUACAGUCACAAACGAUGGGCAAGAUGAUGAUGGGCGGAAGCAUCCCACCGGAACCGUAUGCGACCGUAACGCUUCAGCGUGGUGGCAUGAUGACACUCGGCGGACUUGGUGGUCCUAAUGGCGGUGGUGUUGGCAUGGGACCAACGCUGUCCGAAGAAUCGUGUCUCAAGUGCUCGAACGGUAAUAGUCCGACGUCGAGCAACGAGUACAAUGCACCGAUGAGGGAACCGAUCAACAUAUCGGACGUGUUACCACCACCACCGGAUCACCCGUAUGGCACGUACCGGCCUCCGAACAAUAUGACGAUUCGUACGAACCCAGCCGCCCUGUCUCCACAGAUGAUGCGGAAGAAUGGGAAUGGUGUGGGCGGUCAGGGGAAUGGACAACCCCGGUGGGACACACUUCCACCGCCGAUACCGAGCUUCCCCCAGAACUGGAUCCGACCCCAUCCUCAUCAGCAGCAGCAGCAGCAUCACCAUCCGGAUAUGUACAACAAUGUGAACGCGACAGAGAAUGACUACGAAAGUGGGUCCGUGCUGUACGAACAGUGCUAUCGCACGGGGCCUCCGUCGAGCGGGGGUGCGAGUGUUGGUGGUGGCAGCGCUAUGACCGAUCCCAUGUUGAUCGGUGGCAAUAUCGAGUUCUUCAGCCAGGCGGGCGAACCAACGGAAGAGUUUUACCGCAACGUGAACCAGGAGUUCUCGGACGAUAUGGGUUUCGAGCCGGCGAGUCCACCGGCACCCUGUCCGGAAUCGGUACCGUUCAACGGGGGCAAAUAUCUUGCAUCGUCCUCUAGCGAGAGCCCAAUGAUGACGGCCCGUAGACACAACAAUGGUGGACGCGGCGGUUAUGCGGGACAUCAUCUGCAAAUGCAGCAGCACCAUCAACAGCAACUUCAGCACCAUCAGCAGCAGCAGCAACAGCAGCAGCAGCUGCACGGACAGAACAGCGUUGAGCAUAGCUCGGACGAUAGCGAUUGCGAUUGUGGGAAUGGUAGCAAUGAGGGUCGGUGGGUACCCCGAACGAAACCACGAUCGCGGAGUCGCUCGAAAUCGACCGAUCGCAAGUACAACCGUAAUCUCAUACGAUAAGAUAGGGACGGGGAUGGGAAUGUCUCCUUGCUGGUGAGGAACCAGAAGGACAACGGCUGUUAGCCGUGCAGCUGAGGCUAUUCUUUCUUCGCGAAUACGAUAAAGAAACAAGAAGGCAUUUUUUGCCGAGUAGGUUAAGAAGGGGGAAUGGCGAGCGAUCGAUUGGCGUGCGAGGGGAACAACACGCGUAUCAACUCAUCCUAUCAAACGUAAAAACAAUAACACAUACACACAUGCAAACACAUUCAAAAGUACGUAUUAACGCUACCUAUGGCUUUCUCUUCAGUAACUUAAAGAGCAUUUCAGUCUCCUGUAGCUCUCAUAGGGGAGGCAUAUUCUUCUUAGAAUAACGCUUUUUUCUUAUCUUCCCCACUCAUUAGCCAUCGGGCGGUACUAGCCGAUAUAUCAUGCCAUCAUCAAAACAGACGUAUAACAUAGGCACAUAAUAAGGAGUAGUGUAUUUAUUUAGUAAGUGCAGUAGAAGGAGCGUUAGUAUAGUAACAGUUACAAUACCAAACACUGAAUCGCCGCUUCCGAACGGCGAGCAAUCAAACACGAGCCGUACAUUCAGCAUCCGUGAAGAAUAGGGCUCUGCUCUCGAAAAGACCUUUUUGAAGAUGGUCCUCUUUUGGGGAAUGUUCUGUGGGGUCUUGCGUGUGUAUUGUCAUCAGCUAGCUUCCAAUUAAUUAAGCAAAUCACUGUAGUUAAGUGGUCCGAUAAUACGCUUGAAUGGCAUGGGUGAAUGGAUAGUUCUUUAAAGCAGAAGUACAAGAGGAAUUUAAAAAAAGGUCGCCAAUUGGUUGAAAAUUAUACUCAAGUUCUGUACCACGGUAUAUUUGGAACUGUAGGUCAUCACUCAGCAAACGAUUCGGAAUGCAAAAGGUCAGUUCGGAUUGCACAGGACCAUGGUUCGAAAACAGUUUCCUUCUUUUUGCUUUAAAUGUUAAGUUAUUCAAGUGUACCGGUGCGCUUUACCGCUUACAUUCUAUAAAGAGACUUCUUUUUCUAAUGUCCAAAAUUUUAAUAAUAAUUCUGUACCGGGCAAACAUAGAAUAGAAUGUAUUGUUCGAACUGUCGUUUAGUUACAUAAACACAAAGAAUAUUAGUGUUAUGUUCACUUAUCGUUAUUCGUUAGUAUCUCUCACUACCAACUUUGAAGAAUCUCUUAGAAUAGAUUUGAAAAAUGUUCGAUAGAAGUUGCUUCGGAGAAUUCAAAUAGAAAUGUUUGGAACGCUCGUUGGGAAGUAAUUAAAUUUUUCAAUUCUACAUAUCAAUUUCUACUUUAUUUGAUCGAGUAUAAAACACAACCUGUAGCUUAAGAAAGAUAAUUCCCGAUGUACAUUUACAAAAAGUUGAUCUUGCUUUAAUAUUAAUUUUUGUAAAGUUACCAUAAACCAAAGCGACGAUUUUGUGCCAUAAUACCUGAACGACGAUGGUACGUUUGAAUCACUCUCGCGUCACAACUCACGCAUUGAGAGGAAGCCAAAAUGAUGCACUUUUGCCGCCUUCCCGAAGAUGGGCAACGAAUUGAUUGCCCCGGCUCGUAUACCACACACUGAAGGAGAAGAAAACGCAACAACAUAAAAAGUGGAUGAAGAUGGUUGAUUUAAGGCUCGGUUAAAGGCUUCGAGCAAUAUACGAAAACAAGAAGCAUUUAAUACAUACCCACACAAACGCAUUGUACGAUGCACGGCACGCAGAAGGAUUGUUCCUGAAUAAUAUCGUUUUUUUCGUUGGAAAUGUUACAACAGACCGAGAGAGAGGGAGAGUCUUGUCACUCUCGCUCCUUGUACAGAUGUUCUUCGAGGAUUUAUUUAACUGAUUCAGUUCGUUCGUUUGUUGUCGUGUGUUUCCUUAUUUCGUCGAUGUUCGUCCGUUCUGGUUUGGUUUACAAGUUUGCCAAUUUGGUGAGCAUGUUAGGUGUUUACAGAGAUGCAAAUUACAACAGCAACAACAACAAAAAAGAACAAAACAAGAAAGUACUGUACAGCAAAACACAUAUAUCUAUAUAUAUAUAUAUACAUUAAAAUAAUAUAUAUAAAUAUAUAUAUACACCAACUCAAUAAUCAGUAGAACGUAGGGAUGUGCGCUGCCUAGUGAAUAGCACGAUCGAGGCGUCCUUCACGAUUUAUUGCAGAUCGGCCAAAAAACACAAAAAAUGACACCGAACGAUAUCAAGCCACGCAGCGGAAUAACAAAUGGACGUAGAAAAGAAACAGCUCUCAAGAGGAACGCUCUUAGCAACAAGCAACAGGAAGCAAUUAGAAAGCGAAAAGGUGUGCCGAUAAUGAUAACCGAGAGCAAGCGAAACAAAACGAAGGGUCCCAAAAACCGCAGCAGCAAAACAAACAAAUCAAAAACAUAUGACACAAAAAAGAAGGAAAAAAAAACAAACAAACAAAACAAAACAAAUCGACCGCAAAGUAUAAUAUAGAAAUGAAAUAUUAUAUCAACUGUGAUAAUGUAAUUGAAAACAAAACAAACAAAAACUCUAAACAAGGGAUUCACGCGAUCAAGGAUAGAAUGCACAAUGCAGCAGAACUUUCACAGCGAAACGCGUGACGGCGCCGGGCAUGUUGCUGAUUCGGUUUGGGCGUUUGUCGGUUCGGUGUGUCGUGUGGCAUGUUCGCUGCAGCCCGAUUCGCAAGCAAACUGGAAUGCUCUCGUUACACCUCUCGAGAAGUCCACAACCCCAAAAAAAAGGAACAUCCCAAUGUCAUUCUUUCCCGACCUUGUGAAUCGCACUCGAGUAAGUUGACGCGAGGUUGAGUUAUGCACCAUCACCUGCGUCAGCAGUUUGCAGACCCUGGUGUGUUGUUUGCUAUGGUUUUGGACCGCAGUAAGGGAACCGCUACAAAAUGCUAACAUGAAAAUUGGACUACUUCUGCCGAUGGUACACGGAGCAUACACACGCAAUUUAACAGCAGAAAAACAUUAUGCAUUACACACAUAUAAUAAUAAUAUUAGUAUUAUAUGAAUUAAUUUACUGCCUUAAACAAAACGUAGCUAAUAAACGAUGAGUGUGUGCGUGUGUGUGUGUGGGGGACGGUUAGAGAACAAACGGCCGUGAAGAAAAAGCCAGUUGCAUAAAAAAGUGUGCGAUCGUUACACAAGCGCUUGUUUGAUAUAGAAUAUGGGAGCGUAACAAAGAAGAUAAAAAAAUCAUACAGAUUUGCAAGUUUUGAGGGUUCAAUUUUUGGAACAUAUUUCGGAAACUUUUGCAUGCGAAAGAAGGGACGAACCAACAACAAACAAAAAACCAAACGAGUGCUGUAAAAGGUGCGCUGAAGACAAGAAAAGAAAUGCAAACAUAGUGCACUCACUGUCCACAAAUUGAAACAAAAGCAUAACAAACUAACCACAGCCAUAGGGGAAUGGAACGAAAUGGAAAUGGACUGCAAACGGAGAGAACAAAAUGAAAAGAAAUCAGACAAGAGACUAAACAACUGGAGGAAAGUUAGCGAACACACAAGAAAACAAGUAAACUCAAGAAGACUUAUUUUACAUCAUGAUUAUUAUGAUUGAUAAGUAUAUUAUUACCAACCUAGUGGAUGUAUCGUAUAGGGGCCCGGGCAUUAGAGCUAUUAAAGGGACAGCAUUAAGCGUACGGGAACGAUGGAAUACAAACAUAAGAAGAAUACGUUCUCGAGGGUAAACAAAAAAAACUUUAUGGACGUGUGGAGUACACGCCAUUCUGCAAACCGAUCAAUGCGGCAAUGGUUGCAAUCGUACUUGGUAGCACAAAAUAGGGAAAGCCGGUAGUGUUUAAGAAGCAAUGCUUUAGAAAGCCGACAAAAACCUAGCAGGAAAAGAAACAAAUCAAAAGUAAGCCAACACCGACCGACAGCUCAUAUAUACUUGCAUGCAUUUAGCGAAACCUUUAAUCUUUACCAUUAAUUACGACAAGCGAAACCAAAACCAGCCAACAAAACUAUUUAUGAAUCCUAAUCAUAGUGCGCCAUUAACGAAAGCCAUUACACCCACUAUCAGACACGUACACACAUUUACGAAUACGAAUAGGAAGAAGGGGAUGAUCAGCGUAACGGAGCACGAAAGGUCUGCCGUUCUGUGGCCGAUUCACCUUCCCAAUCCAGUCAUCAUAAUCCAAUCAGUUAUUAAGAUAAUACCUACCUUUAAGAACGUUGCAUAGUCCACAUAAUUCUAUACAAUUUCUUGCCUCUCUAAACUUGAACGCGCGUAUAUUCUCCAAACAUGGAAAACAAACAGUCAAACACAGUCAAACACAGUUCACACUAGCACACUCACAAUUCUGGAGAUAGAAAGAACGAAGCACGAAAAGUGACUUUUUAGUGUUUGUAAGCGUUUAAGUAUGUUGUAUUUAAAUUAUAUUCAAUUUCCUUGCGGUGAAUAUUAAUUUUACGCACCUGUUCGCGUAAAUGUUUAAUGAGUUGAAUCGAUUUACUGCAUGCCAAAGCCUCCAUCAUGUUGAAAUGCCAUUUUUAUUUGUUUCGUGCUUAGAGAACGAUGUGCCAUAGAUUGAUUUAUAUUGAUUUAUAUUUACAUACACACAAACACACACACACACUGCCUGUUUGCUUGCAAACUUUGUGUAGAGUUCGAAAUUCGGAGGUAAAAGAACAAAAGCCAAACAAACGAGAAGAACGAAGAACGAGUAUAUAUGAAAAAACCGAAGAAGAAAUCAUUCAAGAGGGCCCAACAUUGAUUGACUAUAGUAGCGUUACUUGUAGUGAACGAAGUGAGAAGGAAAGAAUAGCAUAACUUACGCGAAACCACACUUACAAACACCCAUACAAACAAGCACACAUUACGAAACACAUGCAUACUCUAGCGCAAAUUUUAUCUAAUCCCGAACGUAAAUUAAAAGGCGACAAAAAAUGAGAAAAAGUAAGCAAUGGAGCGAAGAAAAGCAUAACCAUAGAAGUAAAAAACCAAAAGCAAAGAAAAAAAAAACAACUCUAUUCUCUUCAAUCUUUAUAUUUUUUUCCACAAGUUAUUCGCUUUCUCGAAUCCGCUUUUCUCGCGCGCUAGCGUUUUCUCUCUAUAAUCAACUGAAAAAAAAGCAAAAUGGAAAUCAAUCGUUAAAACAGAACUCUAUACCUACCUAACGAGAAUUCUGUAGCAAUACUUGGAACACUGAACCAAGAAACCGUGUGGAAGUGUGCGCACCAAGAGAAAACAGAGAAUGUAAGGUUACGGCAUCAGCAUAGGCAAAUGAAAGAGAGUAAAAGAAAAAUGCAAAAACAAAAGUGUUAUGAAACAUAUAAUGCAGCCAGUUCACUUUAGAUAAGUAGUGAUUGACAAAACCAAAACAAAACAAAAUAUGGCGUUAAAAGGAAAACAUGUAGUGUGUAAGCGAAUAAAUUAGUUCAGAGAGGAGAGCGAAAAACGAGGAACAAAAAUGGAAAAAAGGGAAAAAAUAAUCAAAGAAAACAUAGAGAAGCAAAACAAAGGGGAGAAACCGUUUUUGGGCCAUAAUAUCGAAUAAUGAUGAUUUGUUUGUUUAAUCGUUCUGUUUUUUUUUUUGGAAGUAAGUAGCGAGAGUAUUUCCUCCUUCCCCCCCCACAGAAUGCUGUGUAAAAGUCGCAAAAGCAAAGCAACAAAGAUGAAAAAUUAGACGAUAAACGCAAAUUAACAAAAAACGCAACUUUUUAGAUGAUAGUUUUAAAAAAGCGUGCAGUGGGACGGGCCGUAUCGCAGAAAGCAUUAGGAAACGUAAAGCAAAUAAUGGAUAAACCAUCCAAAACACAACAACCCACAAACAAAAGACAGCAGCAGCAAAUAGAAAGGGGCGAUCACUCACUCACAAAAGACAAACAACUGCAAACAUACGAAAAGUACAGUUCGGAGUGGAAAAAAUGGACAAACCGAAAACUCCGCACAGUUACAGUACGGAUAACAAACUAAACUAAUACAGGUGCAGCACGCGCGGUGGAUAACAGGCAAACAAAACCAAUCCAUGACACACGGAAUCAAUCCUAUCUCUUACAAACAUAAGUAGAAAUGCAACACGAAAAAAAAAACUCAAAACAGUCGAAUAACCCAAGGAAGGAAGCGAAAGCGAGCGGGAGGAUGGAAACAUAACAGCCACAAAACAAAGGUGAAACAAAAGUAACUAGAGAAAACUAAUAAUGAAGCAACAAAACAGCAUCAA